CAACUAUACCACCCCCAUUUCUUCGUUAUCCAAUAAUGGGCUUCAUUUUCACCGUUCAUACCCUCGCCUGGCUCUUGGGCCUGGCUCAUUGGAAAUUCUUCGAGUUCUUGCGUGUUGUCAUGAUCAAGCCUACGUGGCUUCCGUGGAUGAUAUCCUCACGACACGGAUACUCCAGUCCUCAACUAUUUAUCUAUUCGAAAACGGAUCAUACCGUACCGUUCAAAGACAUCCAGGAAUUCACAGAAAAUUCAGAGGCCCGCGGAAAUCAGAUUCAACGGCUCAUCUUCGAGGAUUCAGAUCACGUAUCCCAUAUGCGCAAGCACCCAGAGACAUACUGGAAUGCAAUCAAACAGUGCUGGAUCACAUCGGCCAACUCUGCAAGAGCAGCAGCUCAAUCAAGCACUUGAUACGACUCAAAAUCAACGUAAUAAUGUUAGAAUGCAAAUCAUACAUUUAUUUGGGCGCAUAG